AUGGAUGACCUCUACGACGAGUUCGGUAAUUAUAUCGGAGAGGCCGAGUCGGACGAAGAGCAACAUGACCAGGUCCCGCAAGCCUUCAAGUUCGACGAGGCUUUUGAGGACGAGGAAGAAGAUGAGAUUAUCAAUGAUCAGCAAUUGAUGGAGGUCGAUGAAGGACCUUCGAAUGCCGUGAUCCUGCACGAAGACAAGCAAUAUUACCCAAGCGCUCAACAAGUAUACGGUGCCGAUGUUGAGACUCUGGUCCAGGAAGAAGAUGCGCAACCUCUGUCCGAGCCGAUCAUCGCCCCCGUCCAGCAGAAGAAAUUUGCGCUCGCAGAGACCGAGCUUCCAUCGGUGUAUUUCUCCCGGGAGUUUAUGUCAGAUCUUCUCAACUUCCCCGAGCAAAUCAGAAAUGUCGCCAUCGUGGGCCAUUUGCACCAUGGCAAGACCGCGUUCAUGGACAUGCUGGUAAAACAGACCCACGACUUGACGGAGCGGCUACAGAAGCGGAUAGGCAAGCGCAAGGAGGAACAACUCCGAUACACCGAUGUGCAUUUCCUGGAGAGGGAACGCGGCCUGUCAAUCAAGGCGGCGCCAAUGAGCUUGGUUCUUCCUGGAACCAAGGGCAAGUCCCAUCUCCUCAACAUCAUUGAUACCCCCGGACACGUGAACUUUGUGGAUGAGGUGGCCGCUUCGAUCCGCCUUGCUGAUGGUGUCGUCCUGAUCGUCGAUAUUGUGGAAGGCGUUCAGGCGAACACUGAGCAGAUCAUCAAGCAUGCUGUCUUGGAGGAUCUUCCACUGACCCUAGUCGUCAAUAAAAUGGACCGCCUUAUCCUGGAGCUUAAACUGCCACCGAAUGACGCCUACUUCAAGUUGAAGCAUGUGAUCGAGGAGGUCAAUACGAUAAUCGAAAAUGUCCUGCCAGGCCAAGGUGAGCGGCGCCGAGUGAGCCCGGAAAAGGGCAACGUUGCCUUUGCAUCCAGUUCAAUGAACUGGUGCUUCACUCUACAAUCAUUCGCACGGAUGUAUGCAGAUACUUACCCACGGCUCGACUCGACCGAAUUUGCUGCUCGACUAUGGGGGGAUAUCUUUUAUAACCCACGCAGUCGGAAAUUCACUCGCAAGGGUGUGGAAGAGAACUCGAAACGUUCGUUCGUCAAGUUUGUCUUAGAGCCAAUCUACAAGCUUUAUUCUCAUACGCUCAGUGAGAGUCCCGAAGACCUCAAAGAAACCCUUGCUAGCGUGGGUGUCAGUCUAAAGCCCUCUCAAUUAAAGACCGAUGCGAAGGAGCUGCUGAACCUUGUUUGCGAGCAAUUCUUCGGUCCCCCUACUGGCUUUGUGGACAUGGUUGUCCAGCAUGUCCCUUCUCCGGUUGAUGGAGCCCAGAGAGUAUUGGAUCGGUAUUACACUGGUCCAUUGGACUCAAAGGUUGCGUCAUCCAUGGCUGCCUGUGAUCAGGACGGACCCUUGAUCGUUCAUGUCACUAAGCUGUUCAGCACCACUGAUGCUACGGGUUUCUCCUCAUUUGGAAGAAUCAUGAGUGGCACUGCUCGACCGGGCCAGCAGGUUCGCGUUCUCGGUGAAGGUUACACACCCGAAGACGAGGAAGAUAUGGUCAUUGCAACCAUCUCAGACACUUGGAUCGGGGAAACGGCUUACAACAUCUCCACGGACGGUGUACCUGCCGGCAACUGGGUUCUACUUGGGGGUGUGGACAAUUCCAUUGUGAAAACGGCAACUUUGGUGCCUCUCAAACUGGAAGAUGAUGAAGAACCCUACAUCUUCCGGCCCAUUCGACACAUGACCGAGUCUGUAUUCAAGGUUGCGGUGGAGCCGGUCAACCCUUCUGAGUUACCCAAGAUGCUGGACGGCUUACGCAAGAUCAACAAGAGCUACCCCUUGAUCUCGACCAAGGUGGAGGAGUCUGGUGAACACGUCGUUCUAGGUACAGGCGAGCUAUACAUGGACUGUGUUCUUCAUGAUCUUCGACGACUUUACUCCGAGAUGGAGAUCAAGGUCUCCGACCCUGUCACCCGUUUCUGUGAGACGGUGGUUGAAACCUCUGCCAUGAUGUGUUACUCCAUUACCCCGAAUAAAAAGAACAAGAUCACAAUGAUCGCCGAGCCAUUGGACGAGGGCAUCGCAGAGGACAUUGAAAGCGGCAAAGUCAACAUCAAAGACCCCAUUCGCAAGGUUGCGCGCUACUUUGAGGACCAUUACGACUGGGAUAAGCUCGCCGCUCGCAGUAUUUGGGCGUUUGGCCCUGAUGAGAUGGGACCAAAUAUCCUCCAGGACGACACAUUGCCUUCACAGGUAGACAAGAAGCUUCUGGGGAGCGUCCGAGACUCCAUUACUCAGGGUUUCAGCUGGGGCGCAAGAGAAGGUCCCUUGUGUGAAGAACCCAUUCGAAACACCAAGUUCAAACUCACAGAUGUAUCUCUUGCUGAUCAAGCUAUCUAUCGUGGUGGAGGCCAGAUUAUUCCCACGGCUCGCCGGGCCGUGUACUCGUCAUUUUUGAUGGCUUCCCCCCGGCUCAUGGAGCCGAUCUAUUCCUGCACCAUGACGGGCCCCGCCGAUGCUGUCGCUUCAGUGUAUACUGUUUUGUCACGCCGGCGAGGUCACGUCCUGUCCGACGGCCCCAUUGCCGGAACUCCUCUCUAUUCCGUGCGGGGGCUCAUCCCGGUGAUUGACUCAUUUGGUUUCGAGACAGAUCUUCGCAUCCAUACCCAAGGUCAGGCCAUGGUCAGUCUUGCAUUUGAUAAGUGGAGUGUGGUACCCGGAGACCCGCUGGACCGUGAUGUCAAAUUGAAGCCACUGGAGAUGGCCGGGGCCAUGGCCACUGCCCGGGACUUUGUCCUGAAAACGAGGCGGCGCAAGGGACUGGCGGAAGAUGUUACAGUCAGCAAGUUCCUGGAGCCGGAAUUGUGGAAAGGAUUGAAGGAGAGUGGCGUUUUGGACUCGUGA